CCAUCUGACAUCUGCUGCUCUGGGCUGCCGGCCCCCAGAGAGGGCUGCCCCUGAGCUGCUGCACGAUACUUGCCCAGGGCUCCCACCAGGUGGGUGCAGGGCCUCAUCCCCCACUGUCUCUUUGAGUUGCCAUUGAGGCCGGGGUCAGAAGGUCCUGGGGGCUCAUCCUGCAUGAACCACUCCUCCUGGUCCCUGAGCUGGGCUGAUGGUGGCAGAGGGACAGACAUUGCAUACCUGAGGAGGGACUGAGACUACAGAGGAUGGACCUCUGCAUCUGGGGGCCUUGUGCAUGGCCCACUGGGGCUCUGGCCGGCCGUAAUGUUCCUGGAGAGGCCUGCCCAGGGAAGACACCUGGGGGCCUCUGUUAGGGUUCCAGGCUCUGUGGAGUCUCAGAAGAUACCUCCAAAAGCUGCCCAUCUCAAGUUGGGGCAGCUGAGUUGUACUAGGCACAGGAGGCACUCGCCUGAGCCCUGGUCCAUGCCCAGGCCAUGCUCCUAUGGUGGAACCCAGACAGAUGGUGGAUGCAGACCUGGAGGAGGCAGGGAACCCAGACAAAUAGAAAGGCUGGGCUCCAUCCAAAAGUCCAGAUGAACAGCGGAGGGCAGGCGGGAGCUGGGCCUGGACACUGGACGAUGGGCAGAGGGGCGCUGGGCAGCCCCUAGGCCUGGGGGCAAGUGAAAUGGGACUGGGCUGCCUCCUGACCUACUGUACAGCCUGGGAGAGACUGGUUCCCUCUCUGGGACCCAUCCAGCCCCAGGGACAAUCAGGGAUUCAGACCCCGAGCCUCAGGGGGAACAAUGGAGCCCUUGAAGGCCCUCCCCCCACAUUGUGCUUGGUGGUGAGAGGUGGCCCUGGGUCGGGUCGGGCCCUGGACUUAGCCGGGUGCACACCCUCAGGAGGGCUGGUGUCCAGCCGGCCAGCAGGUGGAAGGGCUCAGAAGGACUUGUUUCCUGGCCUGGAAAAGGUCCCAUCCCCCGCCCCUAUGACCAACAUGAGCUGGAGCUUCCUGACGCGGCUGCUGGAAGAGAUCCACAACCACUCCACGUUCGUGGGCAAGGUAUGGCUCACGGUGCUCGUGGUCUUCCGCAUCGUGCUCACGGCGGUGGGCGGUGAGUCCAUCUACUCCGACGAGCAGACCAAGUUCACGUGCAACACGCGGCAGCCGGGCUGCGACAACGUCUGCUACGAUGCCUUUGCACCCUUGUCCCACGUGCGCUUCUGGGUUUUCCAGAUUGUGGUCAUCUCCACGCCCUCCGUAAUGUACCUGGGCUAUGCUGUGCACCGCCUGGCCCGCGCCUCACAGGACGAGCGCCGCCGCGCCUCACGCCGCCGCCAAGGCCGCCUCGCGCCCCGUGCACCCCUGCCCCCACCGCCCCACCCGGGCUGGCCCGAGCCAACAGACCUGGGCGAAGAGGAGCCCAUGCUGGGCCUGGGUGAAGAGGACGAGGAUCCGGGCGCGGCCGAGGGCCUGGGCGAAGGUGAUGAGGCUGAGGACGUGGGUGCCGCCAAGGGCGCAGGAGGGGACCCAAAGGCAACCGGGGUCCCAGGCCCGGCAGGUCAGCAUGACGGGCGGCGGCGCAUCCAGCGCGAGGGGCUAAUGCGCGUGUACGUUGCCCAGCUGGUGGCGCGGGCCGCCUUCGAGGUGGCCUUCCUGGUGGGCCAGUACCUGCUGUAUGGUUUCGAGGUGCGGCCCUUCUUCGCGUGCAGCCGCCAGCCCUGCCCGCACGUGGUCGACUGCUUCGUGUCGAGACCCACUGAGAAGACGGUCUUCCUGCUGGUCAUGUACGUGGUCAGCUGCCUCUGCCUGGUGCUCAACCUCUGUGAGAUGGCGCACCUGGGCCUGGGCAGCGCGCAAGAUGCUGUGCGCAGCCACCGCCCCCUGCCCCCCACCCCUGGCCCCAUGCCUCGCCAGCAGCCCUGUGGUCUCCCCGCCGCGCCUUCGGGCCUGGCCUGCCCGCCAGACUACAGCCUGGUGGUGCGCGCGGCUGAGCGCGCACGCACCCACGAUCAGGACCUGGCCAACCUGGCGCUGCAGGCGCUGCAGGACCGGCGGUCACUUGGGGAACUCGACAGCCCACCAGGCCCUGGCCUUCCAGCAACCGCCCGGGGGCCCCCGAGGGCCGGCGCCCCUGCCUCCGGGUCGGGCAGUGCCACGUCGGGGGGCACUGCCGGGGGCCAGGGCCGGCCAGGGGCCAAACCCAGGAUGGGCUCUGAGAAGGGCAGUGCGAGCAGCAGCAGGGAGGGUAAGACCACCGUGUGGAUCUGAGGCCUGCAUUGGCUGCUGUUCCUCCUCCCUCCGCACCAGGGCCGAGGUGGAGGGCUCUGGAGGAAGUCUAGGGUCUGGACACCGCCUAAGGGGCAGAGCACAACCUACCCUCCUCCUCCCCCUCAGGUGGCUGCUCUCCCCCUCGAGAGGGGGCGGAAGGCACCAGCCUGCUCUGCAUCACUGCCCCUCCCUGCCUGAGCCCCAUCUUCACCCAGGAUAGGGUGGGGAAGGUAGGCCUGGGAAUCACGAAUGGUCCCCAGCUCUGGUCCAUAAGCCCUGAUGGGUAGGUGGGACUGUGGCUGGGGCAUUUCCACCCUCCCAGAGCCACCCAGCUGGCCACCUCAGGACAAGGCUGCCCUCCAGGAGAGAGCUCCACCCGCUCCUGCCCCGCUUUUCCCGGCAGUAGCCCAUGUGCGACUGCCCAGGGAUGCUUGACCUGGGUCUUGGGGAGUACUGUGCUUGUCCACAGUACUCCCUGCCCAGCAAACGGGGCUCUUUUCCUAGCACCCACACUCUUCUAGCCCAGGUUCUGGUUCUUGCAGAGAUGGAAGCAACGCCAGGUCUUCCUUGUACAGAAGGGAAAACAGAGACCACAGUGGGCAGAGGCCCCUGCGCCCAGCCCUGGUCUGUACCACCUCCUGCCUCACCCCCACUAGGCCCCAAGCAUGAGCUGCCUCGAGUGCCAGGUGGACCUGCACCCUGCUUCCUGUUCCCUGCCCAGGCAGAUCUGGGGCUCAGGCCCUGCAUGGGCCCCAGGGUGGAUGGGGCCAUGCCCUCUCCAGCUCCUGUGCUGGCCUGGCGUGGCCCCUUCCUCUGGGACAUACUUCAAGUUCCGAAAAGACAUCGGUCCCCCUUACCACUCAGACCAACAGGAUGGUGGUGAGGGGCUAUGGCUUUGCCCAUGCUAGGGGAAGGCGCUCUGAGGCUCCCACCGCAGCCUCUUCCCUCCAGCCCCCUGUCCGAUUCAGACACAGCCUCCAAAGGGAGUGAAAUAAAACUAACUUUUGUUUACAA